CAAUCAGCGCGUUGUUUCCACAGUCCGGGAAAAUUGACUGUAACUUACACGUACAUGCACGCACACAUAAUUAUGAACGAACCGAAGAACACGAACCAAAAUCAUUCGUUUUCGCUGAAUAGGCCUAGUAGUAGUAAGUUUUGUUUUUACAUUUAUAAUUCUGUCUCUGUUUAACAGUAGUUAAAACUUUGGGGUGUUGUAAAGCAUGUGAAUUGACGAUGUGAGUUGAUGUGAAUUGGCAUGUGUUUUGAUGACCCUGGCCUUGACGAUCGAUCUGAGAAUAUCACGCCCUCUACGGUCACAAGGAUCUGCAGUUUUGUGGUAGAAUGGACAACAGAAGCAAGCGAUACACUUUGGAUUCCUACAUAUUUCCGAGCCAAGAAAGAACUGAAGUCUUCUUUGAACACACAGAUUUAGAAUCAUUUCAUUGUACAGUCAAGUCUUACGCUGGAGCAUUCCUGAACACCUGUGGAGGAGUAAUUUGCUUUGGAGUGAAGAAGUCUGGACGUGUGAUUGGAGUAUCUUGCACAAGAGCCCGGGAAGAUGCCUACAAACUGGAGGUGGAUGACGUCAUGAAAUUCUUUCAACCAAAAGUCUCUCCAAGUCUGUACAGGUUGGAUUUUGUUCCCAUUGCCACUCUUAAUAAGUAUGAGAUUGACUGGAAAGUGAUCUCCCUUCAUGUGUCAGCUGGACCUGAUAUCAUGUAUAUGGAUGCUUCAGGGAGGGUCAUGAUGAUGUCUUCUGAAGGAUUAUACGGACCAUUGUACCCUCAGGAGAUACAGCGACUUGCUAUCCACAAAUACAAACAGGAUCUACUCAAUGCUGAGAACUUGAUGAGGGUGAUAACCCCGUACCCCGGGAAACGGGCCAGAAAACAUCAUAAACGACACAAAUCAGGGAAGUCCUCCAAGAAUUCAGCGGGAUCCCCCAAGGAAGCCACAACCUGCACACAGACAUCUCCAGCCCCUCAACCUUCUACCGCUAGUUCCUCAACAGCAAAGGUCUUGUCAACACAGACGACACCCGGUUUGAUAAACAAUGCUCGUGCCCAUCAUGUGGAUGACACAUCACAGACCCAAAAAUCUGUUGGAAGCUGUACUAAUGUGGUCUUAUCUGCGACAGAAUCUAGUGAUGAUAGUGUGAUAGUUAUUGAGGAUGUAGAUAACACAGUCAUCACUAUCAGAGACUCGGACUCGGAUGCUAGUGUGCUUGUCCUGGACCACACCUGUAGCUCCACGCCAAUUCGUAACCCGAGUGACCUCUUUGCGUCACCAGACUGUUCCACUGUUAAGAAGAGGCCUCAGGAACGGCAAGAUCCGCAGUCACCAAGUAGGUUUACAGCCAAGGCAGACAGAAAGAGACUCCGGAAAAGUUAAACGGUGUCCGACAACCAUCUAUUGGAACUGGAUAUUUUGUUCGCCCUGGAUUCACCACAGCUGCACAGCACUGGUUAGUCUAUGGAAUAUCCCUGUGCAGCAAGGGUCUACACAAAAUGCGAGCAGAUUCAGUGAUAAAUUAUGCAGAGCAAGACUGCGUCUUGGCGUUGAGAUUCUGACCAUUCAGUGGGCGCCUUCUGUCUUCCGUAACCCAUCAUCGUACUACAAAAACAUGGCAUCCAAUUUGACCAAUCCACAACUUAGUCCACAUUUCUGAUCAGAAUGAUGUCACAGUCUCUAAAGACCACUCUGAUUGGCUGGUGUGCGGGGUUGCAUAAAAUGUACAUGCUACAUGUACAUGUAUUAAGAUGUAUCAGACAUUCAACUGUGGCUCGCUGCCCAUGCGAAUGUCUGAUCCUCAGACUAAGCUAAGAAAGACAAAACAGUAUAAUAGUAUUCAACACAAGCAUUUAAGUAUUGCAUUGUCUUUAUUGAUAUUUCAUACCGGGGUAGUUUGUUUAACUCUUCAUUGAUAGAGAUUUAUAUCUGAAAUUUGUCGCAUGAUGAUAAUCAGUCACAGCAAAUAUAUAUGUAUAGGGGCUCCUGUUGCAUCUGUUCAAUCAUUUCACUGAAUCCAUCGCAAUUACAUGUAAAACUGAAAUUUAUAGUUGCCCAACUACAUGUAAGUAGCUCUGUGGUGUGUAAAAAGUGGUGUUGAACGUACAAGUUAUUUCUUAGAUAAGUUAAUUCUCUUUAACCUGUCCGCACCAGGAUUAUUUUGACAAGAAUGGAACUACAUGUAGGCGCUGGAUUAAUUUUCAUUUGACCUCAAGCCAGGCGGGUUGAAGCCAUCACCCUCCGACAGCGCACUCAUAUUCCCGGCCUCACUUGCUACAAGUGGGUCGCUGACAUAUUUCCGGUCUUGCUUGUUGCAGGUUUAUCAGUCAUUCGAUCAGAAUUUUGAAAAACUUUUGCAUGUAUACACAUCCUCCGGCGCGAACAGGUUAAUGAAAACCUUACAGCAUUGAAAAAGUAUUGGAUCACGAGUCUGUCAAGAAUCAUAAGAAGAUUGAAGAUGAAUAUGUGAGACUAUUUGGUCUGCCAUUUUUUCCUGCCAAUGUUCAGACUUUAAAAAGAAUUCUACUCAUUAUAAUCUUUAUGUACAGGACACUUCCAAUGUUUUUUUUUUUUUUUUACAAAUGUGAACAUACCGAUUACUCUAUCGUAACAUAAUUCAUUUAUGAAAAAUUUUUCCUUUUAAUGACAAAUGCUGAAUGAGAUACAAACGCUUCUCCAACAGUGCUUCAUUUUACAAAUAAUGAAUGUCUAUGGCUGCAAUGGUAAAAAUAAUUUCAUGUGGUGACAGAUGGAAAUCGCCUUCUUGCUUAGAAAAUGCCGACACCAAAUUACAUUUCCGUUGUUCUUUCUAUUGCAAGAAUGUGAAACAAUCAUUUGUUUUAUACAAUAAAUCCUCAUCAUCUGAUUGGUCAGAGCCACCAAUCAUGUGACCAUUCAAUGGAACUUGUGUUUACCUUGGAAUAUACAUGUACUUUGUUUAUAUAGAUCUUUUAUUUCUGUGGGCGGCCAGGCUGUGGUUUGGGACAAAUAAUUCAAUAACGUAUUACCUACCAAUCAAAUGAUGGGGAUUAUUCAGGCAUUGUGUGAACAAAAAAUCAGUUUCUUAAAAUUUAUAUUGAUUGUAUUUUGCUGGUUAUAAACAUGGUUAACACUUCAUAUAUGUACAUGUUCAUGUAAUUUGAGAUUCAAAUUUGGUUUGGAUUUUAUGUUGGGACAACAAUGUCUUUAAAUAACAGAAACAACUUUGUUUAGAGUCAUUGCAAAUUAAAAUAGAUUGACUAUAGAUGAAGUAAAAUAACAUAUGCAUGUAACAAGUUGUUAUUAUACACUUUAAAGUUUAAAAUCUUUAAUUUUUAUAAACAAAAGCAUGUGAUUUAAUGUCCCAUACUGAUAUGAUGGACAGUUUUAGUAAACACAAGAACGUCACAUUUGUACCUUGAAGGCACUUUGACAAAGCUGCACUUUCCCAAACCCUUCGCGUAUUUACAAUAUAUAAUUCUCAUCACGUUAUGCACAUAACCCUAUUAAAGUACAUUAUUACUUAAUCGUUAACUUACAAAUGUACAUUGUACAAAUUAUAUAGCAGUCACCUGCAUGGGAGGAUGUACAUUUACACACAUGCAUAAUUUUCGUUGGCCUGUUUUGAGAUACAUGGACAUGUAUCAUGAUCAUGGACAACAUUGGAGGGUGUUCUACAAAGGAAAACACAUUACGUAUUUCCACAAUUUACCAAAAUUAUUUCUAACCCUCCUAAUUUGUCUGGAAAAUCUUUUAAAAAUAAAGGCCAAUGUAAUGCUGUUACAACAGCUUGGUGCCUUGACUGCGCUUAUACGUGUACUACAUGUACAUGUACUAUCUCCAUUGGAAGUGCAUGUACCAUCUACUUUUUAUGUAAAAUAGUCUGUUUCGGUUACAAAAUUGGUCAGCGCUCCAACUAGCAGUAUUCUGAAACUGGUAAUAAAAUUGAAACUUUGUAAAUUUACAACUGAAAUACAGAUGUAAAUCAGGCUGUUAUAUGGAAGCAAGAUGCUUUGCAGUAUUAAAAGAAAAUACAUAUCA